AUGCUGUACCUCGUGGGACUCGGUCUGGCCGAUGAGACCGACAUCACGGUGAAGGGCCUGGAAGUGGUCAAACGUGCAGAACGAGUCUAUCUUGAAGCCUACACGAGCAUUCUACAUGUGGGCAAAGACAAACUGGAAGCAUUUUAUGGUCGACCCGUGAUUGUUGCAGACCGUGAGAUGGUCGAAUCGUCUAGCGAUGAAAUACUUGCAGGUGCAGACAAGUCAGACAUAGCGUUCUUGGUCGUUGGCGAUCCCUUCGGAGCCACAACACAUACGGAUCUUGUCCUGCGCGCCCAAGAACUUUCCAUUCCUACCAAGUCGAUUCCUAAUGCCUCAAUACUCAAUGCCAUUGGCGCUACAGGACUCCAACUCUACAACUUCGGCCAGACAGUCUCGAUGGUCUUCUUCACCGAGACGUGGAAACCUGCAAGCUUCUAUGACCGCAUCCGCGAGAACGCCUCAAUUGGUCUGCAUACCUUGCUUCUGCUGGACAUAAAGGUCAAGGAGCAAUCGCUCGAAAACAUGGCAAGGGGGAGAAAAAUCUAUGAGCCUCCACGUUACAUGACCGUGGCACAAUGCGCGCAGCAAAUGCUCGAGAUUGAAGACGAAAAGAAAGAGAGGGUAUACAGCGAAGACAGUUUAGCUAUUGGAUGUGCCAGAGUGGGCGCAGAUGAUCAGAAGUUUGCUUGCGGCACACUCAGGGAACUCUGCGACACGGAUGUUGGUCCACCUCUGCAUAGCCUUGUACUGCUCGGUAAAAGAGCGCACGAGCUUGAAAGGGAUUAUAUCAGACCAUUCGCUGUCAACGAAGAGACUUUCGACCGGAGCUGGAACAAGUACCACGUGAACGGCUGA